GCCACCGACACGCCGUUUGGAGACGGAGAAAAGGUGCAUUCGAGCGAUUUGAUUCAGAAGCAAGAUUAUCUCUUUAUUUGAGCAGGGGGAGACAGCAGAGUUUUGAACAAGGUAUGGAGGCCUCAGGCUGGCUGAGUGGAGAAGAGGCCCCUGGUGCCCACGCCUAUGAGGUGAUGGUGGUCCAGAACACCACAGCUCCUCACAACUACCCUUUUGCAGACGUCGCCCUCUUGCAGACCUUCAAACCGCUCAUCAUCCCAUGUUAUGUUCUUGUGGUGCUGGUGGGCGUCUUUGGCAACUAUCUUCUGAUCUACGUCAUCUGUCGCACCAAAAAGAUGCACAAUGUUACCAACUUCUUCAUCGGCAACCUAGCCUUCUCAGACAUGUUGAUGUGUGUGACUUGUGUGCCGUUCACACUGGCCUAUGCCUUCAGCCCUCACGGGUGGACGUUUGGACGCUUUAUGUGCUACCUGGUGUUUCUGAUCCAACCCGUCACUGUAUACGUGUCUGUUUUCACCCUCACAGCAAUUGCUGUCGACAGGUACUACGCCACAGUUCACCCUUUGAAGAAGCGGACCUCAAUGGCGGCUUGCGCCUAUGUGCUCUCUGGAAUCUGGUUGCUUUCCUGCGUGCUAGUAGCUCCUGCUGUGGCCCACACAUAUCAUGUAGAGUUCAGAGAAGAGGGUUUGACCAUAUGUGAAGAGUUUUGGUUAGGUCAGGAAACCCAGCGACUGGUCUAUGCCUACAGCACGCUUCUACUCACCUACAUCCUGCCUUUAUCCGCGGUCUGUGUCUCUUACCUUUGUAUCUCUGUGAAACUCCGCAACUGUGUCGCCCCGGGACACCACACGCGAGACCAAGCCGAGGCCCAGCGCACUCGCAAACGCAAGAUAUUCAGGCUGGUUUCUCUGAUUGUGGCAGCGUUUGGUGUCUGCUGGCUGCCCAUCCACGUUUUUAACAUACUACGUGACAUUGAUAUCCGCCUUAUCAACAAGCGGCACUUUCUUUUGAUUCAGUUGUUAUGUCAUCUGUGCGCAAUGAGUUCAUCCUGCUGCAACCCAUUCCUGUACGCGUGGCUGCAUGAUCGUUUCCGCGCGGAGUUGCGCAAGAUGUUCACAUGCCAUCGUCGCAUCGGGAUACCUGCCGACCACUGCGGAACAGCGAGCGUGGUACUGUGACCAUCUCUGCAGCCAGAGAGCAUACUGUACAAAAACAUAUGAAGUGCAACUUUGUGACUGGAUCAUGGGCGGUGUUGUGCCGAAAUCGUAUUGCCUGCCAGAGUCGGACUCCCCACUACCUGAUUGGUCCUUAUCCUAAAGGCCACCACUAAACCCAGCCCUAACCUCAUUGGUCUCUAGCCCUAAAUCCCAUCCCUACAUCUACACCUAAACAUAAGUAUAGAGAGUCAAAAUGUCUAAGAGGGGGCUAGGAUGGAACUUCUCAAACACAGAAUAAGCAGAAUAAGUUAUUACAUUUUGAUUAAAGAUUACUAUGAAGACAACUAUAAUUUUAUUUUGAAUAACAUAUACUGGCAAAUUCACAAUAGGACCAGGAACGUAUUAAGGAAGCAAAUAGUCAAUUUUGACUUCAUGUUAACUUGUGCCACAAAUUUGUUCAAUGACUCGUUUUGCCAUUUGUUUUUCCACUGGAAAAUUAAUGUUUCAAAGAAGCCUUUUCACAUCCAUGAAUCAUCUAAGAGGAUUUCUGUGAUCAUUCAGUGAACUACAGAAAUGUGAAUGUGCAAUGCAACAAAUGAAAACUCUUGGGAUAAAUAAAGAUGUGCAUUUUGGAGGGAAGAUGCAAGUCAGACAUACCUAAAAAUCAAUGUUAAAUUUGCCAACUCUUUGAAGAAAAACAGAAACAAAAAAACAGAGCAAGAUUCUGUAACAAGCUCUUUGAGUUACUGCAUGCUAUUCUUUUAAA